AUGUGUGGUUUACUAUUUCCUCCGCUGCCUGAAUGCGUAUUUAACCCGGUUGGAACAUGGACCGAAGAAAGUGGUGAUGACGAUACCAGAGACGCGGCAAGCGAUGAGACAAAAACUCGGCAGCGGAGCCAGAGAGUCGUUAUGAAGCAAGUACAGAAGAUAAUCUCGGCUGUCCUCCGCGUCCACAUUCAGAACCAGCCAAUUGUCGAUCAGGAUGAAGGCUUAAACCUGGACAGCUGUUCGGUCUACCGCGAGUCUAGAGCUCAAGAGUUGUGCACAAGCUGCAUCCAACUUAUCGCAAUCUCUUCAUCUAUCUAUCAGCUGCAUAUGGACUAUCACCGAGUGGCCAUUAGUCCACCGUCCACACUGUCCCUGCAGCAGUACUAG